AUGGUUGGGAAUUCCAAUUCCACAGACGUGUCUAGCAGUUUAAACUCAGCGGUGAUUGUUGCAUCAGCUGCAGCAAGUCAAAGUCAUUCGAUCAUUCAAGACCCAUCAUCGAUGUCUUAUGUUGGUAGAGCAUCUGAAAAUGCUGAAUAUAAUCUGGCAAAGGUAAUCUGGGAUAACAAGCAAGAUAUGGCUACUCUUGUGCAGAAUAAUGAAAAGUAUCCUGCUGCGCGGCGAAAGACUUUGCGUUAUGUACUGGAGAGACAAGGAGAUGGGCCGUCUUUUGAAGCACAAAUGUACAUCAAUAGGAUUCCUGACUAUCUUCCAUCCAAGUCAGAUUUUGCUCAGAAACUAGAAUCAUGUAAGGAUGGCACAUUAUUGCUGAAUUUGGCAGCUACAUUCUGUCAACCCCUACAUGAAGUUGAAACAGUAAAAGCAUUAUUUCGUUUUAGAGACUACUUCUUUAACCACGAGGGCUCGUAUAAUUUCACGUUUAACCAGUUUGUGAGGAUACACCCUCUUAUAUCAUGCAUGAUGGUAAAAUCUAAGGGCCAGAGAGAGAAGGUAAAAUGCCCAAAAGCCUUUGUUUCGGAAUCUAGAUGUCGGAUGGAUACAUCACAUAGGGCACGAAGUUAUAAAACAAGGUCGAAAAAGCCCAAACUUGAGUGCGAUUGCAAUGUUACCUACCGUAUCGAGAUUGAUAUUGAAGAGAAACUUGUGACCAUUCUUGUGAAAGGAUUACAUACUCAUCCAAUCGAAAACGUACUGGCCUUCAAGGUAUCGGCAUUCUUGGUCAAUAUAGUAGAUGAGCUAUGUAUGAAGGGUAUUAAGAAUGUCACGCAGUUGCAGUCAAUCAUGAAGAAACGACUGGAGCCUUACGAUUGGAAUUCGAUUGGAUUUUCCCAGAUGUUGGCUACAAGGUCUCACUUCAGUAACAGAAUAGCGAAAUUUCAUCCACCAAACGGGCUUGCAAAAGGUUUUGAGCCCGGAACAAUUGUAAUAACACACUUCGAAUCCAAGAAGGAUUCCGACGGAGCCCAGGACGAGCAGGACCUUCUUGAAAUGGACUUACCGUCCAGCUCGCAUACGUCUGCCUCCGAUUCAAUAACAUAUAACAACGUGGAUGCGUACUUCAGCGAACAGAUAUCCCCAGAGAUGGAGUCUGAGUUAGCCCAUUUGCAGAAGUCGAUAACUUCUAACCUACAUCGUAUCCAACAGGCUUCCAACAAGCACCAUCGCAACGGAAAUUUGGAGUGGGUUCGUAGAGUUUCUCAUCAACUAUCGGAUAUGGUCAGACACCUGGAGGAAGCGAACGAUGCACUGUAA